GAGCGCAUCCCCUUUUCCCGUCAGUCCCUCAUUUCCGGUCCAGCUGGCCAAUAGCAGCAGCUCAUACUGAAUCGCUUGUUUUGCCGCUAAAACUAAACUCAAUCUUCUGCCAGUCCAGCUGCCCGUAUGUGCGGAGAAAGGGAGCAGGAAAGAAUUUCAAGGUCAGUGGGUUUCAGAUCAGCAGCUGAAAAUGGGAAUCUCUGGACUGCUGCAGUUCAUCAAAGAUGCAGCAGAGCCCAUGAACGUGAAAAAAUACAAAGGCCAGACUGUGGCUGUGGACACAUACUGUUGGUUGCAUAAAGGAGCUUUUUCCUGUGCUGAGAAGCUUGCUAAAGGAGAACCAACUGAUCAGUAUGUGUGGUACUGUAUGAAAUUUGUGGACAUGCUGUUGUCCUUCAGCGUCAAACCAAUUCUGGUGUUUGAUGGACGCAAUCUGCCUUCAAAACGAGAGGUGGAAAAGGCUCGUAGAGAGCGCAGAGAAGCGAACCUUCAGAAAGGCAGACAGCUACUACGCGAAGGCAAAGUGUCUGAAGCCAGAGACUGUUUUACUCGCUGUGUUAACAUCACCCCAGCCAUGGCCCACAACCUUAUUAAGGCUGCAAGGGCGAGACGGGUGGACUGUGUUGUCGCUCCAUAUGAAGCUGAUGCUCAGUUAGCUUACCUCACUAAAUGUGGUUUGGCCCAGGCUGUCAUCACAGAAGACUCUGACCUGCUGGCGUUUGGCUGCAAAAAGGUGAUCCUCAAAAUGGACAAGCAGGGCAACGGCCUGGAGAUAGAUCAGAGUAACCUGGGCCGCUGUCGCUCUCUGGGGAACGUUUUCACAGAGGAGAAGUUUCGCUACAUGUGCAUCAUAUCUGGCUGCGAUUAUCUGGCCUCCCUGCACGGCAUCGGCCUAGGCAAGGCCUGCAAGCUGCUGCGGCUGGCCAAAGACCCCGAUAUCCUCAAGGUGAUCAGAAAGAUGGGCCAGUACCUGAAGAUGAACCUAGUCGUUCCUGAAGAGUACAUUGAAGGAUUCAUCACAGCCAAUAACACCUUCCUCUACCAGCUGGUGUUUGAUCCUGUCCGGAGGAAGGUUUUACCGCUCCACCCGUACCCAGAGCACAUCGACCCGGCCACCCUGAGCUACGCUGGACUUAAUCUAGGAGAUGACAAAGGUUUGCAGAUGGCCUUGGGAAACCUUGACAUCAAUACCUUGGAGAGGAUAGACGACUUCAGCCCAGACAAAGCCCUUCCACGGCCUUCUAAAACCCGCAGUCGCAGUUGGAAUGACUCGCCAACCCCUAUGGGGCCCAGUAUCUGGAGUGGAGUCUUUAAGCCAGCCCUGCCUCAGCCUGCCUCCUCCCCAGACAGGCCUCCCUCCACCAGGGGGAAGGAGAGAGUCAUCAGCCUGGACAGUCUGAGGCUGCCCUGCAGAGAGCUGCAGGUGAAGCGACCAAGAGAAGACUCUACUAUAUCAGACCAGGACGUGCUGCAGCAGUACUCACCCUCCAGUCAAAAGCGGUCCAGGACAGAUCGGCAGCCAGACAAGCCGACACUAACCAGUCAGCCCCGGCCACGCAACUGCUUUGCCACCCUGCUGCAGAGGAGGAACCAGGAGGCUGAGGAGGAUGGCCAGGCCACAUGCAGCAGAUUCUUCAGCAGUUCUGGUUCAGCAGCCAGUCUGAGGACUAAAGAGUCUGCUCACGAGGAUAUCCUUCAUGCCGUGGAGCCCAGGGCUAUGAGUCACACCCAGGACAGCUCUCCCAGCACCCAGACCAAUGACAGUGAUAGUCCUGAUGUUCCAUCUGUAGACACCCCCAGCCCGCCUCCAUCACAAAGCACCCCAUCUCCCACUUCAGCCAGUCAUCGUCUCAGGCUGUUUCCCUGGUCAGGCAACUCCACCUCCACUGCACAAUCGAGAACACCUGAUUCCACAGGCCUGGCUGCCCUGCAGCAGUUUCAGUAUAAGAAGGAGAGUUUUUCCUCACCCACACAAACCCACAGAUCGCCUGGAGACUCCCCAACUGAUGGAAACCCAGAUGACACAGAGGACCUUCCAGACUCCCCUCCAUCCCAGGACAGCGCCUACUUCUCCCAGUCCCAGCCUUACCUCACUUCCUGCCACAAAGAGGAAACCCCCACCUACAGCUUCGCCUCCUCCUACUACCAGGAGGAUGCUGUCUCUGAAAUGAGUUCAAGCAAAGAUUCUAAGCCAGAGCAGAGUCCCACACACUCAGCAGAGGUAGAUAAGAAACCUGGCAUGCUGAGGUCAAAGGUUUCAGGCCUGUCAAAGCCGAAGUCCAGAAGCCAGGGUCAAGCUGCAACGGUGCGAACGUUGGGCCCAGCCAGGGCCAGUGGACUGAGGAAAAAGUCUGGGGGUUCUGGGAAGAAAACCUCCUCCCCUAAUAACGAGAACAACCCUGGUGUCCAGGCCACCAUCAGCAGUCUCUGGAAGAACUUCAGCUUCAAAAC